AAGUACGCGUAUUAAGUACUUAUAUAAAUAUAAACGUCUUAUGAUCGAUCUCUCCACACACAAAUUCGUUUUCAGAAAAUCCACGAGUCUCUGCCUAAAUUGUAAGAAAGAAAAAAAACUUAAGAAGAAUGGGUUACAAAGUCGCUAGAGCGUCGGAGUAUCUUGCGAUCACCGGUGGUGGGAUCAAAGACAUCAAGCUUGCGAAGAAGUCUUGGGUGUUUCCAUGGCAGUCUUGCACUGUCUUCGACGUUUCUCCGGUGAACUACACCUUCGAGGUUCAGGCUAUGAGUUCCGAGAAACUCCCCUUCGUUAUCCCUGCCGUUUUCACCAUCGGUCCGCGCGUUGAUGACCCUCACGCUCUCUUAUUGUACGCCAUGCUUAUGUCUCAACACGAUAAGCGCUCGAACCACGUCAACGAGCUUGUUCAGGGUGUUAUCGAAGGAGAGACUCGUGUUCUUGUUGCCUCCAUGACCAUGGAAGAGGUCUUUAAAGGAACAAAGGAGUUCAAGAAGGAAGUCUUUGAAAAAGUUGCACUUGAGCUAGACCAGUUUGGUCUUGUGAUCUACAACGCCAAUGUGAAGCAGCUCGUUGAUGUGCCUGGACAUGAGUACUUCUCUUACUUGGGUCAGAAGACUCAGAUGGAAGCAGCAAACCAAGCCAAGAUCGAUGUAGCGGAGGCAAAGAUGAAGGGAGAGGUCGGUGCUAAAGAACGGAACGGUCUCACCAUCCAGAACGCAGCUAAGAUCGACGCUGAGUCAAAGAUCAUCUCUACUCAGAGGCUAGGAGAAGGGACAAAGGAAGAGAUCAAGGUGAAAUCUGAAGUUCAAGUGUUUCAGAAUGAGAAGGCAGCUCUUGUUGCUCAGGCUGAUGCAGCAUUGGCGAUUCAGAAGGCUUCUUUGACUAGAGAGUCUCGUGUAGCUGAGGUUGAGGCAGCCAAGGCGGUUGCUUUGAGAGAAGCCGAGCUUCAGACACAAGUCGAGAAAAUGAAUGCAUUGACUCAAACAGAGAAGCUUAAAGCCGAGUUUCUCAGUAAAGCCAGUGUUGAGUACGAAACCAAGGUACAAGAAGCAAACUGGGAGUUAUACAAUAAGCAGAAGCAAGCAGAGGCCGUUCUUUACGAGAAGCAGAAGGAAGCGGAGGCAUUGAAAGCUGCGGCAGAUGCUGCCUUCUACACUAAACAGAGAGAUGCAGAAGGAAUUGUUGCAAUGGCCAAUGCUCAGGGAACUUAUCUCAAGACUCUAUUAAGCGCGGUUAACAAUGAUUACUCAGCCAUGAGGGACUUCUUGAUGAUCAACAAUGGGGUUUAUCAGGAUAUCGCCAAGACCAAUGCGGUUGCAAUCAAGGACUUGCAGCCUAAGAUCAGUGUGUGGAACCAUGGUGGUUCCAAUCAGGGGAUGAAUGGUGGUGAUAAUGGUAUGAAUGACAUUGCUGGACUCUACAAGAUGUUACCACCGGUUCUUGAUACGGUUUAUGAGCAGACCGGGAUGAAGCCACCGGCUUGGAUCGGUACACUACGUGGUGCUGAAGCCUAACAAUCACUUCAGGUUCAACAACACAGCGGUUGAGAUUUCAAGUGUGCUUUUUUAAAAAUUUAUUUCAGAUUUUGGAGGAUUUUUUUUUUUUUUUUUUUUAUGCUUUUAAGCAUGGAAGUCGUCAGCGUUUGUAGAUAAUCACAAUAGCAUUUUCUUUUCUUUGACUUUAUGAAAAAUUUCGCUUUCAUGUGUUUAAUUUUUUUUUUAA